UCCCCUAGAAAUCCGCUAUUCACUCUUUCUCAUCUAGCCCUCUGCGUUCCGUUUUCCCCAAACAGUGUGACCGACCGACGCCUAUCUGUGGAUGAUCACCAUUUCAUCCUCCGCCGAUGAGAUAGAGAAAAAGAACACCGCUUUUUAUAUUUUAGGAGCGGCCACGAGCGGGCUCCGCGCGGAAGGCAGGCUGGAAGAAACUACGGCAAAGAAGUUUGGACUAUCCCCGUGCCUUCAUCACACACCCCACCCGCGUCUUUAACUCCCCUCAGAACUUUUUGGGAAAGAUGCGGGCGUGCGGUAUGGACCGACAGGCUGAACCGUAAACUCUUCUUUACCACGAAGUCAACACGGGGACCACAUAAGUCACUCUCAGGACCUGGGCGCGUCUUUUCAGUAUAAGAUCUGAACAAGGUUUUUUUCUAGGCUACCCUUUUUCUAAACGUGUCCUUUUACACAGAAGAACUUCUCUUCGGCUGUUCGCGGACCAAAUAUGCUGGGCUGGCUUAGUGAUGCCUUCUGGGAGGAGCGUCUGUGGUUCCCGGUGGGUCUGGGCUGGAAGGACCUGGAGGACCGUGACGGCCGCGUCUAUGCCAAGCCGGCCGACCUGUGGGUGGUGCUGCCCAUGGCCCUCGCUUUCCUCGUAGUGAGACAGAUAUUCGAGAGGACGGUUGCUGUUCCAUUAGCUGCAUUGCUUGGAGUCAAAGAGACGGUUCGGCUACCUGUAACCCCCAACCCCACACUAGAGGCCUUCUACAGCAAAACCACAAAAUAUCCCACACAGUCUUCAGUAGAAUCAUUAAGUAGUAAAACAGGGUUCACCAAGUGGCAGGUCCAGAGGUGGUUCCGGAGGAGACGAAACCAAGAUCGACCCAACCUGCUCAAGAAGUUCAGAGAGGCCAGCUGGAGGUUCACCUUCUACCUUCUCGCUUUUGUUGCCGGCCUGGCCGCCCUCAUUGACAAACCCUGGCUGUAUGACGUGGAGGAGCUGUGGAAGGGCUUUCCUGUUCUAACGCUGCUGCCAUCCCAGUAUUGGUACUACAUGAUCGAGCUCAGCUUCUACGCUUCUCUUCUCUUCAGUGUAGCCUCCGACGUCAAACGCAAGGACUUUAAGGAGCAGAUCAUCCACCAUGUGGCCACCAUCCUCCUCAUCAGCUUCUCCUGGUGUGUCAACUACAUCCGCGCAGGCACUCUCGUCAUGCUGAUCCAUGACUCUUCAGACUACCUACUGGAGUCUGCUAAGAUGUUUAACUAUGCCGGCUGGAGGAACUCCUGUAACUACAUCUUCAUUCUCUUCGCCGCAGUCUUCAUCAUCACGCGACUCAUCAUCUUCCCAUUCAGGAUCCUGUGGGUUACGAUAGUGUUCCCCGUUACCCUCUACCCUCCCUUCUUUGGAUACUACUUCUUCAACGCUCUGAUGAUCACACUGCAGUGUCUUCACAUCUUCUGGGCUGUACUCAUCAUACGCAUGGCAGUGCGAUUCCUUACCGUCAACGAGAAGGUGGAGGACGAGAGGAGCGAUAAGGACGAGACGGACGACUCGGAGGACGAGGAGGAAGAGGAGAGCCUGAAAAAGACGAAGAAGAACGGACCAGUGAUGAACGGACACUCAGCCAACAACCACAACAGCAACCACCACAAGGCGGACUGAUGGGGACACACUAGACACACACACACACACACACACACACACACACACACACACACACACACACACACACACACACACACACACACACACACACACACACACACACACACACACACACACACAGGCCCGAACAUGCGCCACGGAGAGCGCUCUAGCAGGGUGCUGAACCACAGGAGGAAAGAGGGAGGAAGGGAGAGAAGAAGAGGAGAGAGAGAGGAGAAGAGAUGGUUUCCCAAUAUCAAUACAGGACUAUCCCUCCUGAUGAACCAAACAACUGCAGACACCCAUACUAACCUCACUUCAAAUGCCUGCCUCUCACUCUCUCUGUCUGUCAGAUCUCCCUGAUUCACACACACACACACACACACACACACACACACACACACACACACACACACACACACACACACACACACACACACACACACACACACACACACACACACACACACACACACACACACACACUGUACGCACAUUUGCCAGUUAUUCAAUCACCCACUGUAUUCAUGACACUACAAGUUCAUGUCCACCAGUGUCUUCCUGAGUUGCAGAAACAAUACACACACACACACACACACACACACACACACACACACACACACACACACACACACACACACACACACACACACACACACACACACACACAC